CUGUCCAGAUGCUGUCCAAGCAAAGAGUCAGUGGUCGAUGGGGAGAAUUCCGACUCUCAGUGCGGGCCAUGAAGGCAGCAGUGGAGCAGGCGGAGUAGCUGAGGGUCUCUGCUCGGUGGUCGAAAUCCGACAAUCAAUUAACCGAUUGAUGAUUGGCGGCUCGUCGGCUGAUGGGGUCACUGCGUCGGAAUUCCUCCUGAGCAGCAUGGACUCUGAGGCCACGCCCACAGACUGCGGGACGCCUCCUCAUUGGCCAUGGUAGCAGAGGGUACGGCACUGCGCCACAUCCUGAGAUGGAACAUUUGGACGAGCUGAGUUUGGGGGCGGGGCUUGAAGUGGGAGAGGAAACAGAGGAGGCGGUGCUUUGUCAUCUUCCUCAACCAACCGGGUGGGAUGCGCUGACCACGAAGACCAGGAGAAUGGAGGAGGAGGAGCGAUGGCGGCGGCUGUUCCCUGAACUCAGGAAUUGCUCCAUCGUCGUCAUCCGUCCUCGGGCAGAGCAGCUGAAGAUGUGGGAACAGAGGGGGUCUGAAAGAAGGAGCAGCCUGCGGGUCAGGUCGCGAAACCUGAUGUCGAACUGGGACUGGAUGGAGCCGCUGGAGCCGGGGAACGGCGACGGAAGAACAAAAAGGUUCGUCAAGAAGGUGCAGGUAAAACUAGCGGCUGAGAACGUCCCUGAAGAUAGUCCUGGGAAACCCCAGAGCAGGCUGACGCUGAAGCACUGUCCAGAAGCAGCCUCUGGCUCCGCCCACGUGGACAACAAUGACCUCCCACGCAUGGACCACUCCUACUGCCUGGAUUCAAUCAGCCAAUCAGAAGAGGACAGGUCGACCUCCAGACCGACGUCCAGCGGUUGGCAGAAGGACGAAGACGACAGCCGUCCACCUGCAGAUAAGAAGAAUGUGCCCAGCAUGGUGCUGAGGAAGGUCACAGGGGAUCAGUGGAUUCUCCGGAGUUCCACCAUUAAAAAGGAGGAAGAUGAAGAGGAGGAGGAGGAAGAGGAGGAGAAGAGGAAGUUCAGGAGAGCAAACCCUCCAGGAUUCGUGCAGAAGAGGCGUCGCGUGGCCUGCAGGGAAUGCGUGGCGUGUCUCAGGGAGGACUGCGGGAGCUGCUCCUUCUGCCGAGACAUGAGGAAGUUCGGCGGGCCGAGCCGCCUGAAGCAGAAGUGUGUGAUGAGGCGCUGCCUGGUGCUGCUCAGAGAGAAAAAUAAAUCCCAGGAGCAGAACCGCCUCCUGGCUGCGGAGAACACGGGACCAUCGGGCCACGCCCAGGCCACAGAGCAGAGCGGCUCCACAGAACCAGGGUCCAAGCACUGGACAGGAUGGAGUAGAUGGAGGCAUGAGAAGGUCGCCGCAGGAGAGGAGGUGAUGCCCAGGAGUCUGAGGGGGAGGUGGGCGUCGCUGUGGGGGAAACAGCGUCUGAGGAUGAUGAGCGACAGAGUUCUGCUGCUGAACCCAGAGCAGCAGAAGAAGGCGGGUUCAGGAGACGCUGAGGAGAUGAGGAAGAGGAGGUGGGUGAAGAAGAGGAGGAGGUGGGGGGGAACGAGGGCCGCCGCAGAGUCACAGAUCAGAAAGGACUGGGACGGCCUGCUGAUGAAGGAGGAGGAAGAGGAAGAGGCCCCGCCCUCUCAGUUUCCCGUCAGCGGUGGACCGCCAGGACCGGAAGGAACCUCUGGACCUCAGACCGCGACACAUCUGCAGUGGAACCUGACUCUGGACAGCGCCCACCUGUCCUCCAACCUGGUCUCUGACUCCGCCCUCAGCUGCCUGCUGCCUCAGGAGGGAUCCGUCCUCCAUGUUUCCACGGGGCUCACCUUCAUCCCGCCCCCUCCUCCCCUUCCUGCUCCUCACGCCGUGGUCGCCGUCCAAUCACCGCAGCUGAAAGAGGAGGAGGAGCCAGUGGAGAUUGAGGAGUAUGGGAGGGGUGGAGAGCAGGAGGAGGUGGAGCAAGAGGAGGCGGAGCCAGAGCAGGAGGAGGCGGAGCAGGAGGAGGCGGAGCAGGAGCAGGAGGAGGCGGAGCAGGAGGUACGGAUCGGUGUGUCAGAUGCUGGGAAAUACUAUGAAGUGGAGGUGGAGCUACCGGAACCUCAGUCCCACCAGAACACUCUGACCGCAGCGACGCCGGCGCUCUCUGACCUCCAUGACAUUUCCAGCUGUUGUGGCCUCACCUACGAACGCCCAGAGUUCAUCUCAUUGGACCCAGACUGCUUCCACCUGCUGAGGGGGGCGGGUGAUGCCGCUGCAGCAGGUGGGCGGAGCUUGUCCCGUCUGCUGUGGAUGCUGAGGAGGACGGUGCUGCCGGCGCAUUGGGUGGCUGUUCUGGCUGAUGGACCGGAGCUGCAGCUGCUGCAGUGCUCCAAGUUGUCCCCCAUGGCAGACACCAUCGUCCACGUCCAAUCAGAUCACAGCUUCCACAUCAGCGUCCAGACGCAGCUGCUGCCGGACUCACACCGGGUCUACAAGGAGAGCGCCCACAGAAUCGCUCACCUGAGCCAGCUGGUGACUCUGCUGCUUGACCUGGAGCGCCUCACUGUCUGCCGGGGCCUGAGGUUCCGGCCCCCCGGCGGUCUACAGCGCCUACGCUCCACAGACUGCCACCUGCUGGUGACUCCGCCCUUCCGCACAUGCUUCCCCUGCCUGCUGGAGGAUGAGGAGGAGGAUGAGGAGUCCGAAGAGGAAGAUGGAACCAUGGAGUUAGAUUCUUACUGUUGAGCUGGACUUCACAGUUUGUAAGGAUAAAUGCAGUGUUUGAAAAAAGUGCCAAACCAAGUAGAGCUGGGGCUUCUGGGUAAUGGAGUCCUCAGCUCUGAGCAGAUUCUCCAGCAGCUGUAGGUCCAAACGUUUCUACCUCAGAGUGUUGAUGCUACUGAUCAGAGCUCACUAAAGUCCUGUGGAUCCCAGUUCCCAGAACUGAACUCGGUCCGGUUGGAAGAGGAGCGACUCAGGCAGGACGAGGACUACCGCUCGCCUCCUCUUACUUUUCCUUUGCGUGUUUCUGUUUUAUCAUAGAGAUGUUUCUACUUUUGAUACGUUUAUAAAGAGUUUUCCUGUUCCAGAA